AUGUGGUUGCCGUGCGGUUUCCAGGCCGCGCCCCUGCUGAGUGACUUUGGCGAGGGUACCUGGUUGAUAGCGGACAGAGACAGAGAGGCUCAGAUCGUGAACCGGCGUGGGGGCGGUCCUCCGGGGAAGCGGGUGCCGACCCGUUACUAUGUCGACAAGAACGUCACCUGUCACAGCUGUCAGAGGACUGGACACCUCUCCAAGAGCUGCCCUACGCCCCCGGAGCCGUGUUGCUUUUUGUGCGGGGAGCGUGGUCACACAAUGCUGUCGUGUCCCAGCAGGCAUUGCAAGACCUGCGGUCUGCCCGGUCACUUCGACGAGGUGUGUGUCGGACCCAACCUCCGAUACAAAUCGUGUUAUCGCUGUGGCGUACAGGGACACCUUAACGACGCCUGCCCAGAGAUAUGGAGACAGUACCACAUCACGGUAAGUGUGUGUGUGUGUGUGUGAUAUAGACCUCAGCCUAAGAGAAAAGAGCAGCUUGUUUGUCAAUUAAAAGACGUGAUAAAGCAUGAAAUGGGCUGCCAACAACCUCACGGGAGCAGACUGUGUCUGUAGACAGGGGUGGUC